AUGGCUCCUAGACCGAGACCAGCAGCUCCUGCACCUACGUAUGCGGAUUUGUUUGGCGAUGGAUCUUCCUUUAGCGGUCCAUCGUCUUCUUCCGGGACAGUUCCAGACUCUCACACAUCUCGGAGAGUUCCUUCGACCCCUCCUCCUCUUCCAUCUCAGAUGCCUCCCCCACGAGCUCCACCUGUCGCCCCGGAUCAGCCUGCCCCACCGGCUGCAGUUCAUCCCAAUUUGCGGGUGCCAGCUCAUGCACCAUUCGCAAGAUACACCAUCGAGGAUUUGCUUGCCCAGCCCGGACGAGAGGGUUUACAAGUUCUGGACCCCGAUAGACCCCCGGGUACUUAUUGGUGGAACUGGUCCGUAGGAAUCACCGAGAGGGUGAAGAGCGAAUUUAUUGCAAAGGCGAAAACUCGUCUUUGCAACACCGUCUCCGAUUGGAAGGACAAGUGGGAGAUUUACGGCUAUGAGGGGAAGCCGAGCGGGGUCACAAAGGAAGCAUGGGAUGGCCUCAUCACCUAUUGGAACGAACCCAGCUCCAUCCGCAAAGCCAACUCCUGCUCCGCUUCCCGAAGAACGAGGGAUAAAGAUGGCCAUUUGCCCAUGGUUCAUAGAACCGGCCAAAAACCUCAUGCCGGAAUUCGUUUCGAAGCUUUGGAGAAGACGGGAGUUUUGCCAUCUCUCUCGGACUUAUUCAAGAUGACUCACGCCUCACCAGAUGGGGUUUUUGUGGAUCCUGCAUCCGAGAAACUCUUCAACGCUGUGGCGUCUCGGGUUGAAGAGCAAGAGACGCAACUUACCCAACAGUCUGCAGAUGGAUUACCCGUCAAGUUGUCAAUCGAAGAGGUCGACCGGAUCUUCGAGGAUGUGGCUACUAGAAAGAAGGGAAGGACGGUCGGAAUAGGUUCCGUUAACGAAGUUGCAAGGGUGACUUCGUCAUACUAUUCGAGAUGGGACCAGGACAACAACCGGAUGCAGGCUCGCAUGGAUACCCAGCAGCAGCGUUUGGACUCUCUCGAGGGUUUGCUGGAUGUGAUGGCGGUGGGAAAUCCAACUUUGCAGAGAGCUUUGGCGGAGAGACGAGCAGCUCUCGGGAUGAGCCAGCCUGAUCCCGAAGCAAGAACAUAUACAGACCCGAACCCCUCAGCCAACUACUUCGAUGACGAUGAUGUUGGCCUUUAG